AUGUCACAAAAAAGGCCAAACCGAACACUCCUAACCCGAGUCAUCGAAGCCGCGCUGGAUCGCGAGGAGAAAGGAUACCCACCAAUGAGCGCCCACGCAGCAACAGCAGCAGCCCACGGAUUUCAAAGGGGAAAUGGAACUGACAUGCCACCGGCUGGACCGAGACGAGUAGCCACAACGCAAGAAGAAUCCCUCAUCCCAGUCAACGACAAGCUCCUCGUCUUCCGCGCCUUGACGGGAAUCGACAGUGUGCCAGCGCUCACAGAGGCAGGCCAUCUGGCCCGCAGCGCCCCGAACGUCGGCAUCUACACGCGCGUCAUCCACAACGAAACCAAAGCCCAGCGCGCAUACAAACUCUUUCACUUCUUGAUCAACACCUGUCUCGGCGUGCAGAUUGUCGUAGCGGCGGCAGUCACUGCGCUCGGCGCCGCCAGCGGUCCGCAUUCUGCUGUGACGGCGUUCGGUGCUAUCAACACCAUUAUGGCGGGUGUUUUGACAUACCUCCGUGGGUCGGGGCUUCCGGAUCGAUUAAAGACGUACCAGAAUCAGUGGAAGAAUAUUAGAGAGUACAUCGAGCAACGGGAACGCGAGUUCUGUCUUGUUGGGUGUCCGCUCGAUGUUCAGGAAGAGGUGUUUAUCGUCGAGAGCAUGUACCAGAGCGUGAAGUCGGAGAUGGAGUCGACGAGGAGUACGGAUACGAAAACGCAUCAACCGGAUGAUCCACGGAUUCGUCGUUCUGUGUUGCCUUUGCGUGAUGCGACGGAUAAUCAGUGCAAGAGGCCACACGCUGACGAGGCCACUUCCGUUGCGGUACCUGAACCGGCGCUGGAGAAGGAUAUGCGGUGA